CUUCACACUCCUCCUGCUAUUGCUACACCACCUCACCUCAAGAAACCUAAAUACAGGAUUCUGACAAUUCAUUUGGAAAAAGAGGAUGAUGUUGCUGAAUGGGCAGUACCAGUUUCUGGGCCUUACAACAAGACAAAUACUAUGGAUGUGACAUCAUCUUAUUUAUUGGGCCAAUGGUUUGAAGUUCGUAUGGGAGAUCUUAUUCGCUCGAGUAUUUCUUGUCUGCAGCAGAAAGAGGGCAUACACAGUCAAUGAUCAAGGCUGCAGGAAUUUACGAGACAAAUAAGGAAACUACCGUUGCUAAAAAGAUUCCCGAAAAAGAUAGUAAAAAGGCAUUUGAAUGGUACAAGCGUGCUGCUGAUUGUGAGCAACAUGAACCUGGUACAGAGCUUAGCAAUGGUCCUGAUCCUCUUGCAUGCUAUAUUGUCGGCACUUCUUAUGGUACUGGAUUGCCUGAAGCAGAUAUUGAAAAAGAUUAUCAAAAUGCACUUUAUUACUAUAACCGUUGCAUGACAAUCACUGCACCUCGAAUUGAUAUUGAUUUCUCGCUUUUAGAUAUGGAGCAUAUUCCCAAGAACAAGCUGCGCAACCAUGCUCCUCACACACGUGAUGAGCGCUAUUUCUGCAGUUCAGCUUUCCAAACCGGUUUGAUUUAUUUGUAUGGAUCACAGCCUGAAGGCGAAAAGGUGCAUUCUGCAACUGAAGUACAAGUUGAUCCGGACUUGGCCAUUCGAUACUGGAAGGAAGCCUCAUUGUUGGGCCAUGCUCAGGCUUGUUUUAAUAUUGGUAUCUUGUACGCUAAUGGUAUGGGUGUAGAACAAGACCUUUGGACUGCUGGCAAAUGGUUUGGAAGAGCCAUCAAAUUAGACACUACAGGCAAUUUGGUCGUUCCUGCCGGAGUUACUACCAUUGAUUGGGAUUUAACCAAAGAGCAUCAACAACAACAACAACAACAACAACAACAACAACAACAACAGCAAAAACAACAAAAGAAAAAGUCGGCCAAUGCAGGCAAUAGUAGCGGAGAUAAAAAGAAAAAGAAGAGAAGAGUCAAGCGUACAAAAACAAACAAUGAGAAUGAGGGAAGCGAUACAAUUGGCGCUAUUGUGGCGCUUGGCUCUAUCAUUGCCGUGGCUGGAGUUGCAUGGUACUUCUAUACACGAGGAAAGAAAUCCAACUAAGAUAAUAAAAUAAACUUGAAGAUUAGCUAAAAAAGAAACACGAU